AUGGUCCAACAUAGAGCAGGCUUUGACUUUGGCCAUACGACCAUGGGUCAUCCACGAGAACGAAGCCGUUCUUAUAUAUAUGGAAUGCCACCACCCAAUACAAGCGUUAUAUCCAAUGCCUCAUCACCACAAUCGUCCAGGUCAAGCUCCCGGUCAAGUCAUAGUAGUGACUCUAGUAGCAGCUGUAGUGACAGCGGCUACGGUUCCGCUUCUUCUUCUUCUUCGUCUUCGUCUGCAUCGCAUCGUCGGGAUACUCAUCACCACUGGCUUGCUCACCACCGUGAUUGUCCAAGACGUGGUCCGCCAGGGUUCAUACCCUAUGAUCCGCCAUCAGACGGCGGAAUGCCGGUGAUCCCCGAUCCUUCCGCGUCUUCUGCCGCAAUCCCACAUGUCGGAUUCGAACGACCAGACCCAUUUAUACUACCGCAAGGCGCUCCCCCUCACAUACAUCACAGGCUUAGCACCCCUCCUCCGAAUCCCCAUCCAGUGCCGAACCUCAAUGCCCGCCCUCCGGACGAUAGAAUCUACGCAUUCCACGCCCAUCUACAGCAGUACUGCCACCCCAAUCCCACGGAUACCACCGGCUUCAUCCACGCUCCCUCUUUGCAGUGGGACAUCAUCCAUCCACCCUCCAGGGCGCGUUACCUACCAGGAAACGGCACCAUACACUCCCCCAAUUACACGGAAGCCGCAUGUGCACCUCCCACCGUACGUCGGAUCCACUUCACGUCAAGACACGAAUGCCUUCGUUUCUGGAUGGCGCCUGACCGGUGGGGCCCUAUCAUCAUCGACGACCCCCACCUGCCGACGGUCCACAGGAUCCUCGAAAAGAUACACGACUAUCUUCGCCAGCCGCUCAGCCAGACGGAUAUCGCUACGAUCCAUUCGAAGCCUAUCAAUCGAAGGAGACUUAACGAAGCGCGGCUUUUCAGGCUACACGACACGGCGGGUAUGCACCCAUAUCAAGGAUAUGUGAGGUCGGACGUACUGGGUGGUCAUCGACGAUUCUUCGGUUGCAUAAUGUUCAUCCAAGAUGGCCUUUGGCGAGCUUCAGUGGAUUUCAUCCCCGGUCCCGUCCCAAAACUCUACCACUAA